AAAAGUUGAUUUCCCAGUCUGGACUCUGGAGAGGAAACCGAAAGCCAGUUGGGUUAGAGAAGUGAGGAACACAGAAGAGGAGAGAAGAGAAGAAGAAGAAUAAGAAUAAGAAGAAGAGCAGCGGGAUUUCCUUCUUCUGAUUCGCUACACCAUUGCCAAUCCAUUUGUCUUUUCUGUAACCUAAUUCAAAAUCCCUAAGCUGCUCAAUUUCACCAAUAAUUUUGAAUUUCUUCCUCUUCUACCUGGGGCAUCGAGUUUUCCCCUUUUUCUGAUUCUCCGCCGCCGCCGUUGUUUUUCCGUCCGACUAUUGGCUGUUUACCGUGUUUCGUUUCCACGGAAUAUUCUGAGUGAAGGGGGAAAACGCAGAUUGAAUCUCUUACAUAUGGGAGAGCAAACACAAGUGCAGGUUCAGACUCAGACCCAAAGCCAAUCUCAACCGCAAUCGCAGGCUCAGAACACGAUUCAUGACUCCUCGAAUUCCACAACUUCUAUCGCCCAAGCCACUGUUGCGUUGAGCGAGGUGAUGAAUGCGCCAACGCAAACGUCUUCUCCGCCAUCCAAAAUGCCCUUGCGUCCGCGGAAGAUCCGAAAGCUCUCGCCCGAUGGGCCUGUGCAUGGGGGCAGUGACUCGGAUUGAAAAGAGUACCAUCUUUGCAACUAUCCCAAUCAAUUUACUCACUGAAUGAAAAAUAUGCCAAUUAUCUGGGAUUAGAAGGCUCAGCAAUGAAUAUUUGGUCCCUCGAGGUUGGAUAUUCUAGACUUCCCUACUAAAUAAUGAAAUGACAUGUGCUAGUUUUCUUUUCUAGGUUGGUUGACAUCACUUUUAAAGGCGUCAACAUGUAUCAUGUCGUGGGGAUAUUGAUAGAAUGUUCUUGAAUGUCUGCUUUCAAUGUGAUUUAGCACUAGUUAGACUUUGAGAAAACUGUGUUCAUUUGCGCUUAUUCAACGAAAGAAUGAUCUGUAAUGACUUUAUGAUCUAUCUCUUACCAUUUUCACCAUUUAAAAUGUUCUGCUGCAUCGGUCAUAGUUUGUAUAUAGGAAAUAAUCAUGAAUGCAGAUAAUCAAUGACGAGCUGUAACAUUCACUAUUCAGACUUGUAAUCUUAUCUUACUUGCCCCAUCUGGUCAACAUGGUUGGAGAAAAGGUGCAUUGCUCAGUAGGGGUGAACAUCGGUUGGAGAAAAGGUGCAUUGCUCAGUAGGGGUGAACAUCAGUUGAUUAGCGCCAAAAUCAGCACCAAAAACAGACUAUUCAGUUUUUAUCGGUUAGAAACUAAAAAUGUUUUAAGAUUUGUACUCGGUUGGUCGGUUUUUAACGAACGGCAGAGGAAGAGAUUCUAUGAAACACAACAAGGAUUGAGGUGAGAGAGAUGGAGAAGAGAGGGGAAAUAGAGAAAGAAAGGAGAGAUAGAGGAAUAGGAAAAAGAGGGAGGGAGAGGGGGAGAUAUUUCACAUAUUCAUGUGAUUCACGUGACAGGAGGAGAAAUUUUUUUAUUUGGUCGGAAUGGCACCGCCACUCCGACCAACCGAUUUUGGUUUGGUCGAUUUUUUAGAUUUAUUUGUUCACUACUAUGGUUCAGUAGUCUCGUUUACCUUUCCUUCAUUGAAAAUAUAGCUCUGAUGUUUAUGAUAUGAGGCGUAGUGUUGAAGACUUUUACCUCUGAGAACUUGAUUUUUAGGGACCAUGAAGAUUGAAUUCCAUGAUUUUUAGCGGGAGAAACGCUGCAGCUGGGUAAGUUGAGUUGUCACUUCGAAUCAAAUAAGUUUGAACAUUUGAAAGUGUGACGAGAUGUAGGCCAACUACUUCUUCUUUUUCA